GUAGAACAGUAGGCCAUGCCCUCGCAAACCAUCCAACAAACGUCACUUUAGAUAUUCCAGUCCAAAUUUCAGUUUAAAAAUCCCGUUCCGUGCGAAGAAAAAUUACAAAACAACGAAAAAAAAAUCAUCAUGAACACGUACUGCGGCUGUCCGGUAAUCCGCGUAGUACCCCCGUUCUGCCAUCAAACCUAUCAGCAGUGCACCAUUCUGGACGGCCCACCCCGGAUCCCGGUGAAAUGUCCAAAGCCGCCGUGUCGGUCGUUGUUUCGAAAGUUUUUCCUCCGGGGUGACAUCCCGAUAUCUCGCUACUACGGACCGAAGGCGUACCAGAAGUUCAUCAAUUGGCACGUUCCGCCGAACAAGUUGAUGUACCAGCUCUAUCUUCCGUUGUUUUUCGAUGGGUUGUGUGAACGUACUUUUCCCUAUCGAGAGUUUGCCCGGCACGGUGUACGGGAUAUGAUUGCGGCUGCCACGGAAAAACAGUUACUGUGCUGCCUGCCAAUGCUGAUAUUGCCAGCGAAACGAGCCCUGAAUUCGAAAGAUCCGGACGUUAUAAUAGCCACAAUGAGGGCCCUCCAGCAGCUGGUGCAAGCGGGUCCCUGGAUUGGUCGCUGCCUGGUUCCGUACUACCGUCAGUUGCUGCCGAUGCUAAACCUAUUCCGCGACACCAACGCGAACAUAGCGGACAAGAUCGACUUUCGAGGUGGACACCGGCUGGGCGACGUGAUCAACGUUACACUGAAUAUUCUCGAGGUGACAGGCGGCAAGGAUGCCUAUCUCAACAUUAAAUACAUGGUUCCGACGUACGAGAGUUGUGUACUAAAUCGCUGAUUGAUGUUCGUGCAACGAAAGGUUUAAAAAUAAUUAUGGAGGCGCAUGCCCAAUUUCAGAAACAGGCACCUUUUACGGAUCCGUUUGAGCCUGUAAAAAUUGACUUCGAAGCUACAAUGCAGCUGUUUAGAAUCGAAUGGAAUCGUGAAAGAUUAUUUUGCUAAAAUGAUUCCCGCUCGUCGCAACUCAAAAAUCACUUUACCCAUAAAUCAUCCGAGCUUUCGUCAUGAGCCGGGAAGAAUUCUACUCCCAACUUGUAGUAACUCCGCGAAGCCGCAGAUUUGGCGUUGUCACACAUUCUCAUUCAUCAUGAAGAAAUUGAAUGGAAAAUUGUAAAUCACCCUUCACCCAUCGCGGAAGGAAGAGCGCUCAGUUCAGCCACAGAGUGCGCCCGAUUUUGGUUGGUGCAUCUGUGCUUGCAUACAGACAUGGAGGACCAAGGUGUACUCGUUCGCUCAUCCGGAUUUCCGCCGUCGUUCCUCUGCUCGGAAUGCGAAUGUAAAUACGAGAAAAGAUGAGGUUCCGAAGCUUCAUUGGUUGGUGAAUAGCAGCAGCGGUUGGUUUCACUGAAUGGAUUCCAAAAAGCAGGGGAGUAAGUGGGCAUCUGACGUCGAUCAGAAUUUUUUUUUUCAAAUACAUGACAUGGAUUUUUUGUGAACUUUAAUAUGUAUAAUGCUCAAUGUUCAGACGAUCUGACCAUUCGGGAAUACCCCUCCGGUAGCCAAUUUAUGGCUGCGAGUUCGUGUGAGCUCGGAAUGUUCUAUGUGUACUAAGGGAAAGUUAGUGGUGAUGAACGGCAGCAGUGGAGCGUGGACUACAGCAAAAAAAAGUUUAUAUUCGUUUAUUUCGUAUUUGCAUUACACAUUUGGUCGGCAGGUUUGCUGUUGCUUCGCGGUCCGGAUCGGUUUCCUGACGUAUCUACUCUUCCUAGCUAUCCUGUGGAAUGGAAAUUGACUGCGGAAGAUAGUGAGUUCCACUUGGAGAACAAUAUAUAUA